AUGGCACAGAGUAAAAUUAAAUGCCGCCAGUAUUCUGUUGAGUAUCUCAAUUAUGGAUAUGUGCCUUCCCCCACCAAUGCACAACUUCCGAUGUGCUUAUUGUGCGAAAAGGUUUUCUCAAAUGAGGCCUUGAAACCCUCAUGUCUCCAGGAGCACCUUAUCAAGAUGCACCCGGAGAAAGCAGACAAGGUUCCCUUCUUCCAGGCCCUUAAAGAUAAGCAUGGUAGGAGGACCAUCAGCAGUCUCUUCUCUAGGAAGACCAGCCAGAGUGAUAGUGGGUUACUGGCAUCAUACAACAUCUCCCUGCUCAUAGUUAAAUGUGGACAGCCGUUCACAAUCAGAGAGAAGUUGGUGCUCCCUGCCAUCAAAGAGGUCAUCUCUACGGUGAUGGAGCGUGAUCCCACACAGGUGCUGAAAUCGCUCCCGCUCAGCAAUGACACUGUGGCACGCAGGAUUAAUGAAAUGGGCGCCGAUACAGAAGAGCAGCUGUGUGUCAUCCUGCGGGACUCUUAUUUCAGCAUUCAGUUGGAUGAGACAACCACCUCAGACAACAACGCCCUGCUGAUGGCCUAUGUCCGCUAUAGGGCCUCCAACAGUAAGGAGAUGGCUGAGGAUUUUUUGUUUUCUAAAUAUCUCGAAACCGACACCAAGGGCCAGACCAUUUUUAAUGCGCUUCAUGCGUAUCUGGAGGCGAAGUCAAUUCCCAUUAGUAACAUCCUGGCAUGCACCACUGAUGGUGUUCCCUCCAUGCUUGGCAGGUACCGUGGCUUCACCGCUCUGCUGAAGGAGCAGGUCCCGCACGUCCUCGCAGUCCACUGUGUCUUGCACCGCCACAACCUUGUGGCCAAAUCUAAAAGUCCAGCUCUUCGUGAUUCACUUAAUAUAGCAGUCAAGGCAAUAAACAAAAUAAAAGCCCAUGCCCUGAAUAGACUGUUCCGACAGCUGUGUCAGGAAAAUGAUGAGACAUUUGAGCGUCUUCUUCUCCACACUGAUAUCCGCUGGCUCUCAAAAGGAAACUGCCUUGCUCGUUUUUGUGAGCUGUUUGACAGCAUUGUGGAGUUCCUGAUGCAGGUUGAUGCAGAUCUCGGGGAAAAGGUAAUGUCCAGCCGCUGCGACAUCAUGUACCUUGCAGACUUUUUAAAAAGAAUGAACGAAGUCACACUAAAGCUGCACGGAAAUGGCAUAAACCUGGUCCAGUGCAAGGCAGUCAUCCACAGUCUCACCUCCAGGCUGGAUCUGUACAGGCAGAGCAUGGGCAGGAGGCAGUCUGCUCAUUUCCCACGGCUGACCAAGAUGAUACUUAAUUUCAGAAACAUCACUAAAUAG